AGUCUAUUACGCACUUUGACAGUUCGAUCAAUAACACAAAUAUUUUAUUUUCUUGUUGUUAUUAUCCAGAUCUUUAAGCCGUAAAGACAAAAAUCAUAUAAUCAAAAUGACUAAAAAGCUACCACAAAUUCAACUAACUGUCAAUAAACAUGGCCAGUUAGUUCAGACAAUUGCUAAACCAAUUCAUGAUGGGAACUUGCCUAUUACGCUGGAAGAGUUUCAAGUUCAAGCAAAUGCCGCACUAACUCAGAUGAUAGAAGAUCUUGAUGAAUUGGGUCAAAUGUUGGGUAAUGGCAACAUGCAGAAUUUGGAAGCAGAGAACAGUGCAGAUGAAGUAGAUGAAGAAGAAGAUGAGAGUGAUGACAGCACGGAGGGUUAUGAUAGCGAGGAAGGUGAGGAGUCUGACAAUGAGGACUCAACGGAACAGAGUGGACCCAAAAAGAAGAAACAUUAUUAAAAUAAUUUAAUGUAGCUGAUCAAUAUUUUUUGAUGUAUUAAAAAUUAGUUGUGGUUGUAGGCACCGCUAUGAAUAUUACCACCAUUAUAAUAGCAUCAUUAUAACUAGAAAGAUAAUAUUGUCACAAUAUUUCUUUUCCACACAAAUAUUUCAAGCAUUUACUGUAUUUCACCUCUUUGUAGAUUUGUUAGGUUCUGCUACAAGCAUUCCAUUUCACAAUAUUUAUUCUUGUUAUGAGAAUCUCAGUGUCAGUUUAUUUUUUUGCUUACAACAUUUAUGGGUCCUUAGACUUAAGUAUUAUAGUAGCAUUUAAAAUGUGAAAAGGCUGGAUUUACCCAGUGAGAAGAUAUUUAUUGAGAAGGUCUACUUUUAAAAAGGUCUCUUAGGCUACAUGAUAUUCAGGGCUAUUUAUUGUAAAUAGGAAAGGCAUUGGAUUUCUAUUGAUCCUUUCUUGCUCUCUUGUAAUAUUUUAAGGAAAUAUAGGAAAUAAAGGACCUGAAUAUUUUAUUACAUAAUAGACCUUUUGGAAGUAUAAAUUGAUUGUAUAUUUUAUAUUUUGGCUAUUUUACCUUUCAUUGUUAGGAAAAUGUAGUUUAAGUAUAAAGUAUAUAUUUUAUCAUGUCACAUAGAUUAGUAACCCUACUGAAAAAAGCUAUUAAAACUUUAUUGUCACCUGUUUACUGUUCUCAUGCCUAUAAGGUUUAUUUUGUAGAAAUGUUUAAAAGGUAUGUAUACCAAUGUGAUUAAACUAUAUUUAUUGAA